AUGACCAACACCACAUCAGCGUCCACCUUGUCCGUCUCGCCGUCGAUGUCGACGUCACCUUCCGCCGCCGCCUCUUCUUCGCGCCUUCCAGAGACUCCGGUCAAGAACGAGGCCCUCAAUGCCUUGCUCACCGACUCGGCUUCGAGCAGCAACAAGAAGCGAAAGAUCACCGAGGACGACGACGAGGACACGGACGACGAAGACUGUGACGAGUCAUCCACCUCUGCUGCUUCGCCAUCCAAGCCCAGUCACACAGGCGGUCGCAAGAGAGCGAGCGACGAGGAGCGCAAGGCCCGUCUCGAAGCUCGCCAAGCAAGAAACCGUCUCUCGGCCCAAUAUUCGCGAGAACGCAAGAAGGCCUACGUCGAGCAGCUCGAGGGCUCUCUCAACUCCCUCAAUGCAGAGAACACAUUGCUCCGUCAACAGCGCCAAGACGAGCAGGCUCUUCGACAGGCUCUGGAAGCCAAGCUGAAAGACUCGCAGCUACGCGUCACCACUCUCGAAACCAUUCUUCGCACCGUGGCCCCAUCACUCAUUCCCCUUCUUGGUUCAUUGUCGUCGUCGUCAUCAUCAUCAUCAUUGUCUCUUCCCUCCUCAUCUUCAUCGGCUUUUGCCGCUUCUUCCACUUCUACCCUUGCUCCGCAGUUUGAUGCGGGCCUGUCUGCCAACCUCGCGUCUGCACUUGUGCAGAACAACGGUCUGGCUAGCAAAGAGGUUUCCUUGCCCCCAGCGAUCGCAGCGCCGGCAUCGACCGCUUCCUCCUCCCUUUCCUUGGACACCUUGAGUCAGCAAUCCUCGAACGAAGACUUCGACGGUGUCGCUGGCGAACAAGGUGGCCUCGCCAGGGUCGGAAGCAACGUCGAUGUCAAUGGCAGCAGCAUCGUCAACCAAGGGUACCCCUUCGCUAGCCAGAUCAGCGUUCCUACACCAGAGCAGCCGUCGUCGAUCGCAGCCAGCACCCACAUCUCUGCGUCUCAGCAUCCCGUCGAAGCGAAGGCAGCAGCCGGCGGUGCCCGUGAAGCUGAGGCUCUCCUCUCCAACUUCAUCGACCUCGACGCCAAGUUCGCCCACGGUGACGCGACGUCUGCGCCUCAAGAUCAAGGUGCCUCGACGUCUCCCGCCUCGGCUCAACCUGUACCUCUGGGCGAGGACCAUGCAGCAACAGCAACAGGCGCUUCGCGAUCAGCAAGCGCCUCUGCAGGUGACUUCGCAAGCCUGAGCACCGCCUUGGCGGGCUCCGGUGAGGGUGCAAAUGGCAGCAGCAGCGAGAACAGUAAGAGUAACAACAUCAAGAAUGGCGACUCCACCAUCUUCAGCACCAUCAGUCUGUCGCACGCCGAUACCAAGGAACAAGACCCCCAAGCUCGAUUCCAGCUCCUCAACUCUCCUCUCGUGCCCACCGAGAGGAACGUGUGGGAGCUCGCCACGGACGCCAUGCUCCAAGACAUUUAUGGCAACAAGGACGACAUCGCCGCCGUCGCCGACAACGCUGAUUCGAGUGUUGCUUCGAUGAGCGACGCUUCGUCCUCCGAGGUGGACGUCCCCAGCACCGGCUCGUCGCCGUUUGACCUCGUCGACUUGGACAUCGAGAUCGAAGAGCCAAUGCAGUUCAACAUUGGGCUCGGCGACGACGAUACCUGCCACCAGAAGGCUGACGCCACCACACUGGACUGGCCCGGUCUCAUGGCUUCGCUCGUCGCUUGA